AUGAGCUACGAACCCGAUUUUCCUGCAUAUCUCUCGGGUAAUUACAAUAAGUCCUCGAGCACUCCUUCAAAAUCUGCCUAUCAGCAACCUCAGAUGUCAACUCAACAUCACUCUUGGAAAUCGACUGUCGACAUCACUCAGCCACCUCAGGUACGCGAGCGGCCAUACUAUUCAUCUGACUGGUCAGAUCUUCCCGAGAAUCGACCCCAGUUACCUCCUCGAACGGAAUUUGCCACUUCACACGCUAAAAGGACCAGGAUCUCGUCUCUGAACGCUAGGGAUACCAGUGAGCGAUCAGAAGUCCAGCUCUAUGAUCUUAGCGGCUACGGGCAGAGUCGCCAUCAAUCAUCCAACGCAAGCAUUACACCUCCUGCUCAAACCACUAUACCGGCACGUACCUCAGCCUUGGAUACUUCUACUGCCGGCCAGACAGAGGCAAGUACAUCGAUGCAGUAUUCGAGACCAAGGCGGCAUUCAUUCGAAGCGACAGUAGCCGUAGCAGCAGCUGGGACGGGAAUCGCAGAUGCUAAUGUGCAGCUGGCAAUGGGGUCGGAUGGGAAUGAUAGGAAAGAAGAACAUGCUUCACACGCUAUCGAACAAGCAAUGACAACCAAGGGUCCGAGUCCGAACCUCGACAAUGAUGAUUGUGGCUAUUGUUGUUGUUGUUGUAGCGAUGAUUGCACCUGUGACCCUUCUAUCCUACUACUUUGCUGUUUCUGCUGUGAUUGA